AUGGGGGCCGUCAAGCUCACGGAGGGGGAACCGUUGUCCGAGGAGGCGGCCAGAAUUCAGAGGAAGCUCGCGGCGCAGGCCAAGCUCAACGGGAAGACUUCGUCGGGACAGAUGACCUACGGGGAGUCGAGGGCAGCAGAGGGGGAGAAACAGCAGCGGCUGAAGGACGAGGCCAACGACAAGGCCAGGCGCCGGGCAGCGAUGUGCGAAAACUUAGGGCGUGGCUGCUAG